UUCACAUAUAUUCACAAAAUAGGAAUAAAUACUCUUUUCUAAACAAUCGACAUGCUUAGCCAGCCAAAAAUCGACGAUAUGAUACGCCUGCUCGAAGGAGGAUUUCGCCAGAGAUCUCGUUUUAUAAAACUGCUGAAGGAGGACAUCAACGCAGUGUGUGCAAAGGCGCGAGAUAUAUUUUUAAGCCAACCUAUGUGCCUGCGGCUGAGUCCGCCUAUCUGCAUAGUUGGUGACUUGCAUGGCCAGUUCGAGGAUCUAUUGCGCAUUCUCAAAAGCACCGGAACUCCUCCUGAAAAACAUUAUCUUUUCCUAGGAAACUACGUGGACCGUGGGCAGAAUUCAAUUGAGACUAUUACUCUACUCUUGUGCUACAAGAUCAAGUAUCCGGACUGUGUAUUCAUGCUACGAGGCAAUCACGAGUCCCAAGCUCUCAAUAGAAUUCACGGCUUCCACGACGAGUGCCAGCGACGGUACAGCCACAAGCUGUGGCUUGCCUUUGUGGCAUGCUACAGCUGCAUGCCUGUGUGUGCCGUUGUGGGAGAGAAGAUCUUUUGCUGUCACGGUGGUCUCAGUCCCCAUCUCCUCAACAUAGAUCAGAUUAACAAGCUGAAGCGCCCCACGGAUGUUUCAGAAAACAGCCUUCUCUGCGAUCUACUCUGGGCCGAUCCCGACCGCAUGACCUACGGCUGGCGGCCGAAUUGUCGAGGAGUCAGCGUUACAUUUGGCCGGGAUAUUGUGGAUCGUUUCCUUGCGCGCCAUCACUUCGAGUUGAUCUGUCGUGGACAUCAAGUUGUAGAGGACGGCUUUGAAUACUUCGCCAGACGACAACUAAUCACAAUUUUCUCGGCACCUAAAUUUUGUGGAAAGUAUGACAAUCAUGGGGCAACCAUGCACAUAGAUGAGAACAUGCUGAUCGCCUUUGAUCUCUACGCACCUCUGACCAACAGUAGUACCAAUUUAAAUAGGAAUAGGUCAAGCACUUAUUUGCAGAGCUAAGGCUUUAUCGAAUUGGAUUGGCAAAAGCAUGCCUGGAAUACUACAUUCUCAAAAAAAAAAAGUUGUGAUAAGACCUGUUCGUUUUUGGAUUUUGCAAUCCUUAAAUUAUAUUUUUCGCAUUUAUUUUUUUAAGUCAAAA